CACUCCAAGAUGGCGACUCCCAGUGCUGUAUUUUCUGUUUUCUGCUAAUAUAAAAUAAUAACUCCAACAGUAUUUUCACUUUGAGUUUUCAACAACUUUUCAUUUUUUUUAUCAGCGCUCUUAAGAAUUUGGAUCCAGUGUUUGCUUGAAAAGAAUCGGGGAUUUCUCAGAGCAUGACAACCGAUAACAAAAUCCAGUUUUGGAAGAGGAACACCAAGGUUCCGGGGAGUAUACAGCCUGUUUAUGGAGCUCAGCACCCUCCUCUUGAUCCAAGAAUACAUAAAACGUUUUUAAAAGAUGGCCCCAAGACUAACGCACUGUCCAUCAAAUCCAAGAAGGCCUCCAGUUUUCACGAGUUUGCCCGGAGCACCAGCGACGCCUGGGACAUCGGAGAUGAUGAGGAUGAUGACUUUUUAGGUGGCCCUACACUUCCUUCUCUCCCGCCCCCUCCCCCGCCCUCCGCCCACAUCAGUUCCAAGGUAGCCGUGACGGCGACCAAUCCAGCCCCGCAGUUCCAUGGCUGGGGGCGGGAGAAGCUGAAGACGGACUGUUACCAGAGCAAUGGCAGAGUGGUGAAGUCACAGAGCGAGGCCCAGCUCAGCACAGCCACAGAAGGCCCUCCAGUCCGGAACACACUCCACAAACAGCAGUCCCUGCCUUUGCGGCCCAUCAUUCCCCUCAUCGCCCGCAUCUCCGACCAGAACGCCUCGGGGGCUCCUCCCAUGACUGUGCGCGAGAAGAGCCGGCUGGAGAAGUUCAGGCAGCUGCUGGCCAGCCCGAACACUGACCUGGAGGAGCUGAGGAAGCACAGCUGGUCAGGGAUUCCCAGGGAGGUGCGGCCCAUCACCUGGAGACUGCUGUCGGGUUAUCUGCCUGCAAAUAUGGAGAGGAGAGAACUAGUCCUGCGCCGAAAGCGAGAGGAAUAUUUUGGCUUCAUCCAGCAGUAUUAUGACUCCAGGAAUGAUGAGCACCACCGAGACACCUACAGACAGAUUCACAUUGACAUUCCCAGAACAAACCCAUUGAUCCCGCUCUUCCAACAGGCAUCCGUUCAGGAGGUCUUUGAGCGGAUCCUGUUCAUCUGGGCCAUUCGCCACCCGGCCAGUGGCUACGUGCAGGGCAUAAAUGACCUGGUCACCCCCUUCUUCGUUGUCUUCCUCUCUGAGUUUGUCGAGGAGGAUGUGGAGAACUUUGACGUUUCAGCUCUGCCCCUGGACACGCAGCGGAACAUCGAGGCCGACAGCUUCUGGUGUAUGAGCAAGCUGCUGGAUGGCAUCCAGGAUAACUACACCUUCGCUCAACCUGGAAUCCAGAUCAAAGUGAAGGCACUGGAGGAACUCGUGAGCAGAAUUGACGAGGACGUGCACAAUCACUUCAGCAAGUAUGAGGUGGAGUACCUGCAGUUCGCCUUCCGCUGGAUGAACAACCUGCUGAUGAGGGAGUUGCCUCUGCGCUGCACUAUCCGCCUGUGGGAUACCUACCAGGAAAUCAACAGAAAGGCAGAUGAGCUGCAGUGUAGCACUGUUUUGAGAAAGGCUGAGGCAGAGGGAUUUUCUCAUUUCCAUCUCUACGUCUGUGCUGCAUUUCUCAUCAAGUGGAGGAAGGAGAUACUAUCCAUGGUAGAUUUCCAGGGCCUCCUGAUGCUUCUGCAGAACCUCCCCACAAUACACUGGGGGAACGAGGAGGUGGGGCUGCUGCUAGCAGAGGCAUACAGGCUGAAGUAUAUGUUUGCAGACGCGCCCAAUCACUACCGGAGAUAAGGCACUCGCCCUCGCUGGGCACACGCGCACGUGCUUGCGCGCACACACCUGAGCACAGGGGAGACGGGAGAGAGGCGGAAUAGUGUGGCGUGGGCAGGGCUGGUGGUGAAACCGCAUUUCAAGCCCAGUGCUUUUCAACCUUACCUUCAUUUACAAAGAGUAAUGUGUGAUUUCCUGGAGGAAAUCCAGGGAAAUCCCCCCUCCAGGGGGUAGAAAAAUGAUAUUUUUUUAUUUUGCACUCCCUCUUGGAAGGCCACUAGACCGUGUCCACAUGAAGUCCUUCUUAUUUUUAAAAGUAGCCAAGGGAUUUCAAACCACUGUUGUGUACCCCAGCACUGCAAACUGAUACUGAUGGACAACACAGAUGUAAGAGAACAUAUGAGCCUCAUCUCGGGUUAUAGAGAGAGAAGCUCAAGCACUAGUUCAACACGGAACAUUGACUUGCCUAGGCAAUGGCGCCAUCCUUCCUCAGAGCUCCAGUACAACCCAGGCUUUUCACUGAUCCUAGAGAUAUUAUUUUUAUUUACCUAUGUUCUUAUUGUAGCUCUUUUAGCAGCAUUCACAUUUUAGAAAGCGUAACAGAAGAAUCUCCUCUCUACGGCACAAGGAGCACAGCACAUGCCUUAUUGAGACUACGUACGUAAGACUCCUUCGUCGUGGACGUUUGUCCUGUGCUCUGCAGCCUGAUUAGAUGUUGUUGGAAGUCACUGGUACAUGAGUAAAUGCAGCCGAUUGGAUCCGGAUAUGGAAUUCAAUCGAGUGCAUUUGUGCUGACAUGCUUUCUCAAUCUGCCUAUGAACACAAGGACAAUCUGCUUGUUUUAAAGAUAAUAGCAUUGCAAAAAGCUGCAAAUAUGGUUCUGAAGAAAGAAGAAAUGGUAUGACUGGGGUAUUCCGAAUUAUUUAGUUAAAAAAUAUUUAGAUAUUGUUUUUUUCAAUUAUUUAUUUUUUUAAAUCGUAUUAUAGUGUUGUGUAUACUUUCAUCUUGUAUAUAAGCGUAGAUAUAUAAACCACUGGGGGCAGAACAUUUUUUAGGACAUCAUAAUGGAGUUUUUUUUAUCAAAAACAAAAUUGCCUUCUUUCGAGAGUCGGGCACAAUAGGUUAUUUGUAACAUUUGGAAUUACACUGUUUUCGUGACUGUGACUGAAGUGAUUUGAAGUGAAGUCAGGGGUCAGUCAUAACUGCCUAUUACCCAGGGGGUGAAUCCCAUUUUUCCAUAAUGCCUGUGACAUGGUUUUCUUGUCUAUUCUCAACAAUUCCCUCACCAUAUUAAAAAAACUGGAAAUAUGCAAAUGUGACUUGUAUGAAAAAAUGUCAAGUUACCUGAAAAACUAAGAGAAAACACAUUUACCACAUUACAGUACUUGGGUAUCAUGUAUAGUGUGAGAGUAGCUAAUCUUAAUAUUCACAGUGGACAACAACUACCUACUGUAUAAUAUAUUACAAUUUGAGGUGUGUUGAAAAAUAACCAUCCAAAUGAUCUGGGUAUCAGCUGUAUGUGAGGGGUAAUGCGAAAACUGGUAGAAAUCCAAUUAAAUUUUCAAAUAAUGUGAAUGUCCAAUGUACAUUCUGGGACUGGAUACUGGUUUCAGACAACUAUAGAAUCAUUUAAUACUUGAAUCUAAAUCAAUGCAGCAAUGGAGCUGAAAGAAGUGUUGCAGGUGUAGCACCGUCCUGUAUUGUACUGAACAGCCAGAAUCGUGUUGUGAGUGUUGCAGUCCUCUGCACUCCUCUCCCACUCUGAGUCCGUCUGCGAAAUAUAGGUCCCCUUCCUUGCACAGCCUGAGAAUAAAGCACAUUGCUCUCGAGCUGCUAAAACGGGCUUAUCCUUAGGAGAAUAGCAUUCUUAAGAACACCUUGUCUGCUUUUCCAUCUGUUGAUGCCUUACAAUUUACAAAGCAGCCAAAGUACAAAGUGUACAUAUAGAUACAGUAAGUAUAUAUUAUCUGUAUGCAGUGGUAUUGUGCUUUGGUGCUACAGUUUCUGUUUUGCUUUAACCUAGCAGGGUGUCAGCUUGUUCAUGUCAAAGCAAGAUGGUUUCGGCUGGGCUGUAUUUUUGACACUGGUAAAGGAGAAAGUAGAAUUUCAAGGAGGAACUGAAUACGGCACUUAAAACCAAUGACUACUGAGUUUUCAAACUGAUGAGAGAGAAGAAUCUGCAGUUUUAAUUUCCAUCUUGCACAUUGUGUUUUUCUUUUAUUUUUUGUGUAUAAUAGUGUAAGCAAAGAUUUGAUGACACUGUGGAUUGAAGUUUUUGUGUAAAAAAAUAUUUUCUUGCGGAGAUUAUUUCCUAUACUGUAUGUGUCAAGCUGUAGAACUACAAGUUGAAAAAUUGGAGUACUUUUCAACUUCGAUCCUGGUUUGUUUUAUAUUAACUUUUAAUUUAAUUGCUUAAUGAUUUUAAAUGAACAUAACCACAGUAAGAACAGAACUCUAUUCCUGUCUGAAGUUGUUCUGAUGUCUGAGGUGGAUUCAGCUGUAUUUCUUAAUCCCGUGUGAACACAAGUAAUGCUCUAUGUGCCAGUGAUGUACAGCCUUGGCUCUUUAGUUUCAUUUUGUUUCAGUGUGACCACUUUGUUCUCUUAAAGGCAAACUGCAAUGCUAUUUUUACAUUUCAGAGUUAUAAUUAAUUGGCAAUGAUGAUUGUAUUUCAAACCACAGUGAAACUAUCAAGUACACAGUCACAUGAACAUCCUCCAAUUUACAUCAUAAAGAGAAGUUUCAAUGUAUGUGUAGCGGCAUAUGGCCGUCAUUGUCCGCGAUUCAGAACGAGGCAACAAAACUUCCAGUGACAAGAAAGCAGCCCUAUUACAUUGUAAACAUGCUUUAGACCAGGGGUCUCAAACUCACUUGAAUAUGGGGGCCGCAUUAGAUAAAAUGCACUAAUCGUCGGGCCACAUUCAUGCACACAAAAUGCAUCAAAUCUUUAAAAAAAUAUUGAAACUGAAUUUAUUUGAAACAUGUUGGUUAACUUUACUCAAUGUACUCGACAUCAUGUGAGGUUAUUUCUGAAGUUCUUCAUUCUGGCUGCUUCAUUGACAGCGUUUUGCAGAGACCAGUAUGUGAACAUUAAGCCUGGUAUCACAUGAAAUAGCCAAUCGCAAUGUUGCUCGUAAAUGUUCAUCGGUGAGUCCGUAAAACUGAUUUGUUGAUCUUCAUUGAUGAGAAAAACUGUUUGUAUACGUACAGUACAUACUGCCAACCAUUGCUAUGAUUCUAGCAGACGCACAGACUAACUUCAGAAACCUUUCUUUCUGUCUACUUUAUUUACUGACAGAACUCCGUCAGCCAGCAAUCAAGCAACAGAGGUGUAGACACCAACUCUUUGGCUUAAUGCACUCACAGAAGCUGUAAAUAGGACACGUAUGCAGGGUUAGGGUGGUUACAAGACAAGGGACAAUUCAGGAAUAAACAAUUAACUACUAUUAUAUUAGGUUUUAUAGUCACUAUUUACACAGGCAGGGGGACCUAGCGGUCACUCUGCAGACCCUCAGAACAUCUCCCGGCCACAGUUCCCAGUCUGCAUCGCGGUGCUUGCAUUGGCCGGGUGCGCCUCCGCUUUGUCACCUACUGCUACAAUAUUGCUUAACUGCUACAAUAUUUCCAUGGCAAUUAUUGAAACAGAAAAUGAAUCUAUGGAACAAAAAAAUGUAUCAAAUGACCAAAACAACCUAAUUUUAUUGGUAAUUUUUUGUUAAUCCAAGUGAGUCAUUGCAGGCCGCAGAUAAUUACUGGGGACUGCGUGUUUGAGGCCCCUGCUUUAGACCAAGUGAAUUUUUGCUACUAUAUUGUCAAUAUUUUCAUGAAACCGACGCAUACAAGGUGACUUGUUUUUUAGAUACUUUUAAGUAUUUUAAAAAAAGAACAUCCUGUCAGUUAACUAAAAUACCCUCAUAAUAAUUAACAUUUUAGGAGACCAUUUUUCUCAUUUGCUUACAACGACUAAUGAGCAGGAAGGGCUGCUUUAAUGUUUCAAUUCUCGCAAACUCUCUCUCUCGCUGUGGUGAAACUAGCUGCUUCUCGUCUGCCUGUGACAACAUGCCAACCUUACAGUACUUUCACAAAGUUGACAAUUUUAUACUUGAUUCGAAAUUUUUUUAAUUUUGCUGUCCGUUUCUUUAAAACUGAGAUUUAAUAACUGGUCUGAGAAAUUGAGACUGCACUUCCUCUUUAAAUAACACCCUUAUUUAUUUAAUCAACACUGCUGCCGAAAGACAUUUAAGAAUCAGCCUUUAAAUACUUUGCAGUGGCAGGAAUGGAGGUGGUAAACUGGGAACCUAGCCCUGUUGUAAAGGAAGAAGCCAGUAUGCAAUGGAAGGUGAUUGGAUCGCAGUGGAACAACCUUCAAUACUAGACUGUUUCCUCUUCUUGCAGACCUUGCCUUUUUGUAUUAGGAUUAAGGCUAUAUUAGGAUUAACCCUGGAAAGGGUUUUCCAGCUCCAGUCCAGAGACUCUUUUACUCACAACCUUCUUUUCUUCCCAUUACAUUUAAGUCACUUAAACUGUAUAUGCUGGGACUUUAUUAACUGUGGGACUAUUGCUUGUGUUCUGACAGUUUUGCAGUUUGUUUUUAUUUUGAGAAUAGGAUUGGUGUGUCAAAGGUCACAUCUUGACCUUUCUUCCAUGGGCACAAAAGUGAGGGUACACCUAUCUAUGAACCAUACUGGCAGGACAGCAGGAGAGAUAAUUUAGGUGUAUAUUGAAAGUCUGUGGCAUUUAUCAGAUAGGAAGUUGACAGAUCCCGACAGUAUAUGAGCUCCUUUCACCUGUAGGAAAUAUGCGGUGCGCUGUGUGCCAUCAGAUAAAAUUGCCAAAUUAACCUUUUAAGCAUUUUAGUGAAAUAAUUUAAAAAGAUGGCAAACUGAAAUUGGUCUCUGCGGGUUGUAUUGCAUGAUGUUCAAUUAAGUAAUAAUUAUUUCCACAAAUUGUGUUUUACAUUUGAACAGAUUCAAAAGUAAUUUUGUGCAAUUACGCUAUUUAUAUUAAUAAUCAUUCCUUGCAUUUUUAUGGCACUUUUUGUCCCCAAUGAUUUGAAAGGUCUUUGCACAUAUGGAGGGACCCAUGUCGUCCACUGUUGGAGGCGAGCAGCCGCCUGGGUGAUGUGUGCAACCAUUUAGUACCAGGUACCAGCUUUCCACAACACUGCCGAUCAGGUGAAGGGAGAAGCCGCUUCACCACUUUUAGGUCAAGGGGUGUCUUUGUAGAUAGCCCAGUUUAUUCACGUCCAGAAAGAAAUUUAGCCUGGACACGGGGGAUUAAAUUUGUGUUCAUACACGCAGUUCUAUAGGAUCCUUAAUGAACAGAUUCUCAGGAGCUUGGUUUAACAUUUCAUCCAAAGCAUAGCACCUCCCACGUCACUUUGUCCCAAGUAACCAUACUGGGAUAUUGGUUUAGAAGUUCUGGUCCAGGGGGAAGAACAUCACUUACUGGUCCACUACAUCCACUUCAUGCAGCGAUCUGGUAUACCUUAGAUGUCCCCUUUCCCAGUCUCGCUCUUGUCCUGCCCUGUCCUGACCCAGGCCUGCUUGGCUUCUGAGAUCUCUAGAUCUUCUGUUAGCUAGCCCAUUCAGACGGCUGCACAGUGAAAACUGUGCACUGUGAAGUAAUAAAAUUUGGUCCUUUACAAACGGAAAUACAGUAUAUAGAAUGUGUUCUCAUGGACAGCAUCAGUACACUGAGGGUGCUUUGCCAAGUGUCAACCAGAUGAUGUACUCUACAUCAUACAUGUGAUGUUUGCAUUGAUCGUUAUACAGCAGCCCUCUGCUGUGAGCAGUCAUUGGAAUACAUCACCCCAGUCACAUUUGCAUAGUCACUAAAUUGCAGGACAGUGCAUGGUUUUCUCAAAACAGAUUUUCAAAUGGUCAAACUAUAGAGGCACUUUGUGUAUAUUUGAAUAGAAAGCCUUUGGUCUUUUAUUAUGCAGCUGUUACACUAUAAUAACAAAGUUAUAAUCAGCCAAUUUCAGAACUGCCCAAAUCCCUGCAUCUGAGGCACAAUUAUGACAAGAAUCAAUAAGAAACUGAAUUUGUUCAUGGUUUGCUGUACUCUGCCGUGUUUGUGUUAGGGCUCUUGUAUGUGCCAGGCUUUGUUCUUGUUCCAUCACUCUGCCUGAAGAACUCCAGCUGAAGCAUAAAGCCUCUCAAGAACACUGGCUGACAAAGUCUAAUUUAGCCAUUGCUAAAAAAUUUAAAUUUCUGUUGAUUAAUCUUCCUUACAUUGAAAUUCUGGAAAUUCUGCAGCAUUAGACGUGGCAAAUCACUGAUUUUUUCAGAGCCCAGACUACAGUGUAUAUCGUUCCUAGGGAGAGAACUUAAUAAGUACGCCUUUUAAUGUCAUGCAGUUAUUAUUGCUCAUUCUUACAGGUGAAGAAAAUGUUGUGUGGGCUUCUUUUCAAAACGUUUCCUUUUUAACCCUUUGACUUUCUGGUAUUUUAUCAUUGCUAUGUAAAAUGAGAAACAAAGAUACAGAGUACAGGUUGUUCAGAUGCUUAAAUUCAAAUUCUGCCUACAAGGAGUAACAGGAACUCUUGUUUUUUUAUGGUGUAGAAACAGAAAGGGAUGCUGAGAGCUCUCAUUGGAGGGACAUGGGAAAGGAGUCAGUGCUGCUUUCCAUCAGAGCCCUAUGUCCUGUCCUCUGCCCAGCUGGUAUCACUGAGUGAGAAUAGACUCCAAUGUACUGCUACAUAACUAAGUAACUAAGUUAAAGAGCUUCAUGUUGUGCUAGCUGUGGCUUAAAACUAGUAACUACAGCUUCAGCAAGUGAAUUGUGUACUUUGGCACUGCGUACGGUGCUGUUGUGUUGACAUCUCUGGUUCAGAUCCCUGACUCAGACUGGUGAUAUUGUCCCAGUGUGCAGCCUGAAACAAUGCAGUCAGUCAUCAAGAUACUCAAAGAAACAUUUAACAGUUCCGCAUGGAAAAGCUUUGCUACCAUUUUGCGUAUUUGAUGUUUAUUGCAUUUUGGCACAAGGCUCUGUGACUGAGGGGGGCGUUAGUGCACAUCCCUGCCAGAAGUACACAAGAAAGACUUUAAGAAGAAAAAGAUUUUUUUAAAAGUGCUUCUCACCAGUGUUCAUUUAAUUUUUUUGUCACCCUUGUGAACUCUUCCUAAUAUUCCAAAAGAGUUUGAAAAAGCUUAAAGUUGACUUGAAAAAAAUAUUAAAAUUCUGCUUUUCCAUCUAUACUGCCUCUUGCAAAUAGCACCUUGAAAGUUUUAAAAUUAUUUUAAAAAACUCAGAACAGCUUCCGCCCUGGAGCAAGAAUAGCUUUGAGACUCACCUUAAAAUGAUAAUGUGGAGUUGAAGCUGCGCAGCGGAGGUAACUCUAACUGCAGAGUGGAAAGUGAAAGGUCAUCUCACCCUGACCUUUAAGAACUUCAGUUUGAGGUCUGAAACAGCAGAAUGGUCAUUCUGAUUUUCUGUCUUGGCUGUAUUUUCGUCUUAAUGUGCCACCCAUGUACAGAAGGUUCCAUGUAUACUUGUCUAUGCCCAAAAGCAUUGUUCUGGUUGAUUAGUUGAUUUUUUAAAAGUUGACAUGUGUAAUAUUGGGCUACACAAUACCUUAAGGAAACACUUUACCAAAAAGGCUUUUAUAAUUUUAUCAUACUUACAGUACAGUAUAUCAUAACAUCAGGAAUGAGGAAUCCUUGUUUUAGGUUUGGAAAUCACAAGUGUUCAAGACUUCCUACUGUACAUUGGCACCACUAACAUAUCCCACUAUUCAGAUUCUGAAUCUUACAUUCAUUUUUUACUCUGAUCUAUUGUUGUAUUGAUUAGAAAAGGAACCCUGGUCACCUUGGUCAUGAAACCAGAUUGAUCCCAAAGUAAACAUUGUAACAUUGGAAGGUGGUCUUGGAGGAAUCCAGAUUUCUUCUUGAUACAAUCUGUAGAACUGUUUAAGAGCCAAGAGCUUGAGUCUGCAAACAGGAGCUUCAGCAUCUGUUGUAGCAAUUGUCACCAUAUUUCACCACAUUUCUUUGUUGUUAUUGUUUAUUUUUUAUUUUUUAAAGGAAAAAAAGAAAGAAAAUAUUCCUUCCAAAAAAUGGCUUGAGAUUUCUUUUACUCCCAAACACAAUUUGGCAAUACGGUUCCACUAUUCACAGUCAAGUGCAGGAUCUCUGGAGGAAGUGAUUUAAAGAUAUGGAAAGCAUAUGGAACCAUGGGGAGACCUAGGGCUCUUUUGAGGAUGCAGUACAUACACAGCAUGAUUAUCAUGCAAUGUUAAAAUAUACCUUUAGGGGCCAGAGCUGUGUUCUGAUCGACUGUUUAAUAAGCAUUUGAGUGCAAAGGGAAGAUUAGUAAGGUAGUAGGGUUCCUCUGUGAGGAGCUUUAUUAAUAAUAUUAGGUACUCCGUUUCUCCCCAAAUCCCAUUAAGAGGUCCAGAAAGGUUGUCCCUAUCCUGCAGAUCAACUGAUUUUAUCUUUUGUUAUCCCAAUCUAUUGCAAUGCAGGCCACUGAGAUAGUGUUUGCCAGUUUACAGCAAGAUGCUCUAUCUAAUAAGUCUUUCACGCAGUACAGUCCUCUAAUCCUCUAAGGCAGGGGUGUCCUGGUCCUGGAGGGCUCAUGUGUUUGCAGCCUUUCCAGGUUUCUUUAAAGCUGCGGGUCCUGAAGAGCCAAGAGAUGCUGUUAAAGUGGUGCACUAACCAGCUGGUUUAGCUCAGUAUGAGCUGAGGUGGAAUGAAACCCCACAGACGCAUCUGCCCUCCAGCACCAGGAACAGACAGCCCUGUUCUAAGGGCUUCUAAAACUGUGUGAUCACCUUUCAUUCCUUAGGUGUACAAAUUCAGAUCUGCCCCUUUUGCUUCUGUUUCUUAAAACACCAUCCAAAGUUGGUUUUAUCCAGAAUCUUAGCUUCUGUGAUCCCUUUCCCAUGAAUCUCCCAUCUGGUGGACAUUUCAACAUAAAUAAUGCUAAUGUUAACUGUAUAGACUAUUCUGUGCUCCGUGGUCAUUGUAGUUGUGCAGCAGUUUUGAAGUUACAUGUUGUUCAGGUGCUAAAUAUCCUACACCACUGUUUCACCAUGAAGAUACCAGUGUGCCUUUGAAAAACCUCCCCAGGCUGUUACAGGGGCCUCAGUAUAGCCCACCAUGCUAGUCUGAUGUUUUUGUUCUUUCUGCUCACAUGCACUGUGCAACAUUGCUGCAGCAAAGUUCAUUCUCUUUGACAUUUAAGCUUCAUUCUGACUCGGUGUCUGCCUGUGCCCUCAACUAAACUGGUAUUAUUGGGUAUUGUUGGGACAGCCCCUGUUUCAAGUUUAUGUAUUGAGUGUGCCUUAGUCUCUAUAAGAUUUUUUGUUUGGUGUACUAAACAGUGGCUUAUUAUUGGGAAGUAAUUCUCAUGAUCCCACGUAGCUGAGGAAUUGGAACAGCAGAUCCCAGGUGAACAGUAAGGGGUCAAAGCUGGAGCAAAGGUCUUUAAAUUAUAAGCUCUGAUCUGAGGCAGGGUCCCUGGAGUCCAAGAACAGAGCCUUGUGGAAAGCAGAGAGGAAGACAUUAUCAAAUUAAUGCUCAGGAUUUAUCGGUCAGGUCUUUCUGACACUGAGGUUAGGACAGUACAAGAUUAUAAACUAUCCUCCUGACCUUUGGAGAGAUUGUUCUGGUCUAAAGCUGUUUACUUUUGUCUUUCUCUGCCAUUUAUCAGAUAUUGGGACUCUAACCUUUCUCUCUGGCUGAUUGUCUAAAGAUCUUGACUUAUACUUAGAAGCAACAAGCUUUGAUUGUCAUUCAUGAGGACGCACUGUAUAUGUAUUGUACACAUACUGCUUUUUGUCUUCUGAAAACUAAAAAUUUGUGGUACUUAAUUUUGGUUGCUUUUCAGAUCUUUGGAUUGCUCAUUUUUUAGAUGUACUGUACUGUAGAUUUUUGCACAGUCAAGAGAAAAUAUCUGAUCCUAAUCUUCUGAAACUCACCCUGAUAAGAUAGCAUUUAUGAGUUAUCAGCGAGCAAAAGAAAAACAGCAGAGUAUGUCAAGUUAAAAUCUGAAGAGCAUCAUCAGCAUUCAAGGAAAACCGGGUUUUAAACAGACCUGUAAACAGAUGGGGGAGUUAAAUAAUUGAGGAAUGCACAAUUAUAAAGUUGUACUGCACCAGAGGAAACGCAUGUUCAUGUUAUUUAGCAAUCCUGCCAUAAAUAAUGCCUCUGAAGUAAUCAUCCUUCAUACGCACGUCACAUUCAGUAUUUGGCACAUCUCCUCAGUGCUCUUUGCAGAAGCAGUCAUCCGGCAGCGUUUUGAAAGAGGCUUACAGCUUGUUUGCAGAAUUAAAGUCUUAAUAAUGGAAAUGACUUCUAACAGACGAUUGGGGUGCCACGUUGCACCGUUACUCUGUAAAUUACAUUAAUUAGUAUUUUCUGCAGUCCUGAAUUUUUACAGGAAAAGUUGUGGUGCCUCUAAGUAGUGUUUGAAUCUCUUCUCAGCCUGCCAACACUCACAAACGGCACACUUGCAGUAUGUGCUCCAUCAUCCUCUUUUGUUAUGAGCUAUAUCACUUCAGUGCCACCAGGCUAACCCGCAUGUCUGUGAUCUGCGGGCCACAGUGCAGGGCUGCUGUUAUACUCUGUGAUGACGGUGGGGUUUCAUUGGGUUUCACUGCACUAGAGAGCUGGGAUGGCCUCCUCUUGACAUUCCAAGCAGCCGGACGUCACUGGGCUUGAGUGGACCAGAGCAAGCUGUUGAAAGAAGCUGUCAAAAUCAGGCUCCCGGUCUCACGCUGGACAUACUGUAAUCACGUUGUGACACAUUACUCCACCACUCUGAACAUACAAAUUGUAGAAGCUGCAUAUACCUAAAUGAAAUCGGAGGGUAGAGUUCCUUUUUUCGACUGCUGUCUUAGUGGCAUGUAUUGGGCUGGGGAAACUGUGUUCCUGUGCUGAACUGUUUCGUUAAUAGCAGUGUUGUUUCAUAAAAAAUGUCCUCCUUCUCCCAUUCCUUCUGUUUCUCCGCAUGCACAUAACAUGUUAGUUAUUUCAUCUUGUUAUACCCAAUGUUACUCAGAACAGCCAUUAUACUGCGCACUCUGCAGUAUUCAAGGUAAAGUAUCUUGCCAAUAAACAUCACAUAGUGCAUGCACCGAACAGGAGUCUCAAACCUUUUUAUAUUUGCCUUUGUUUUACUGUUUUUUGUCGUUGUUUUAUUUGUAUUGAUUGAUUGACAUGAUUAUUUGUGUGAUCUUUGCUGUUUGUUUUAAUCUGAGGUCAAGAGGUUUUGUCUUGGUACAGCUCACACAUUGGGUACAGCAAACUGGGUUAAUUAAAAAAAAGCACCUUGUAAAGUAUGUUAAAAAUGGACAAAUCUCUGCGAUACUGAACCAAUCAGCAGCAGAAAGCGAUGUGUCUGUAAUGUUUUCUUUUCUUUCGUGAGCCAUGCCAAAAUGUUAAAGCCAUUACUUUGGGUUUUAUUAACGCUUCUGUGGUUGAUGCUGUUAUGAGCCUAAAAAGAAAAGAUAGUUAUCUACUGUAUAUUUAACUCUGAUUUAUAUUAAAUGAAUUGGUUCUC